ACACAAAUGAAGUAUGUAGCACCAUUCACAGCAUCUGAAACAGAGACUUGGCCAGUAUGGAAGAGCAGACUACCACUGUGAUUCAGAUUUACGUAAAUGGCACUGAGCAGUUCAAUGCUUCGUAUGACUUCAACCUAACCGAUGUGAAAGAAAGCAUAGACACCUAUGAGUUUUACAUCAUCAGCCUGUUUCUCUCCUGCCUGUACACCAUAUUCCUGUUCCCCAUUGGCUUCAUUGGGAACAUCCUUAUUUUGGUGGUUAACCUCAACCACAGGGACAAGAUGACCAUCCCUGAUCUGUACUUCGUCAACCUGGCCGUGGCGGACCUUAUUCUGGUGGCAGACUCGCUCAUCGAGGUCUUCAAUCUCAACGAGAAGUACUACGACUACGCCGUCCUCUGUACCUUCAUGUCGCUGUUCCUCCAGGUGAACAUGUACAGCAGCAUCUUCUUCCUGACAUGGAUGAGUUUCGACCGAUACAUUGCUCUGGCUAGCUCUAUGAGCAGCAGUCCACUGCGAACCAUGCAGCAUGCCAAACUCAGCUGCAGCCUCAUCUGGAUGGCCUCCAUCCUGGCGACUCUGCUUCCUUUCACCAUCGUGCAGACCCAACACACCGGCGAGGUGCACUUCUGCUUCGCCAACGUCUUUGAGAUCCAGUGGCUCGAGGUGACAAUCGGAUUUCUGGUGCCGUUCUCCAUCAUCGGCCUGUGCUACUCCCUGAUCGUCCGAAUCCUCAUGCGUGCCCAGAAGCACAGAGGACUGUGGCCACGCCGGCAGAAGGCCCUGCGCAUGAUUGUGGUGGUGGUGCUGGUGUUCUUUAUUUGCUGGCUACCUGAGAAUGUUUUCAUUAGCAUCCAACUGCUCCAAGGCACGGCCGACCCGUCGAAACGCAGCGACACCACGUUGUGGCACGACUACCCCUUGACUGGACACAUCGUCAACCUGGCUGCGUUCUCCAACAGCUGCCUAAACCCGAUCAUUUACAGCUUCCUCGGGGAGACUUUCAGAGACAAGCUGCGGCUCUUCAUCAAGCGGAAAGCCAACUGGUCCGUGGUCUACCGCUUCUGUAAUCACACCCUGGAUUUGCGCAUCCCUGUCAGGAGCGAGUCCGAAGUGUAG